AUGCCAAUGCGACCAGGUGCGUGGUCCCCUAUCUCGUCUUACGUCUUUAUCCAGUGUGCUGACAACAUCUUUAGCUGGGACAAUGUCAUCGUGCUUGUAGAGCUGCUACAACCCAACAAGUCUGAUGCACUCCCUUACCUCAACGGUAAGGGGGCCAAGCCCGCGCGGUACGCAGGGGCGACGAUCCAGUUCCAGGCCACUAUAGAGCCGUAUUUGAAAGAGUACAUGGUUGGCCCCCUGCCAGUAUCCAACGAGACAACUCUGCAACCGCUGAACUAUCCCUACAAUAAGGGCGUCGGGAUGCAACGGAUCUACAACGCUGAUGCGGCGGCUUAUGGACAAUUCCUGGUUAACAUCUCAGCAUCGAUAGAGGAUAUUUUAAUGGAGAUGUUCAACGGGACAUUUACAAACUCACCGACCGAUUUCUUGGCUCUCGGGCCGAGCGAUCCGCUCUGGAUCGAUGACGAGACCGGCGCCGUCACCACAUGGAAUGAAUAUACGAUGUCACCUACAGGCAUAUACGGCACCGGUUCGCUCUUGCGGAGCGGAUUGGCUGUUUGCACUGAUCUGACUGGUCGAGACCCCUCCAAAUGGUCGGUGCUGGGAUGGUACUACAACGGAGACUUCUACAGCACCACGGACGACUUCCGAUCCGCUUUCUACAACGGUACCUUCGAGUUUUUCAAGCCUGGCGCUGAUGGAGAUUGGGGCGCGACGUCUCCAAGCGGUGAGGCUCUCCCUUACGAUGACAUUCCGCCGCCAGUGAGCGUCCAACCAGCCGGUCCACGUUUCGGGGUGGACCACGAGGAGACCUAUAUUGAAUGGAUGGGUUACUCGUUCUUCCUUGGCUUUACCCGCGACACCGGAAUGCGGCUCUUUGAUAUCAAGUUCAAAGGAGAACGCAUCAUCUACGAACUGGGCAUGCAGGAGGCGAUGGCACACUAUGCAGGCAAUGGCCCAGGCCAAUCAGCCCUCUCAUUCCUUGACUCUUAUUACGGAUUCGGUCCUAAUGCGUUCGAGUUGGUCAAUGGAUACGACUGCCCUGCGUACGCAACGUACUUGAACACGUCAUUCUACUGGCGUGAAGAGAGACGCUCCCACCAGAACAGUAUCUGCAUAUUCGAAAUGGACGCAGGGUACCCGGUGGCACGCCAUUCUGCAAACAACUACGUCUAUACGACCAAGAAUAUUCACCUCGUCGUCCGCAGUGUGAGCACCCUCGGUAACUACGACUAUAUGUUUGAGUACGCUUUUUUCCACGACGGAUCGAUCCACGUCACAGUGCGUGCCUCGGGUUACAUUGCAGCCGCCUUCUGGGCCAAGAACAGCGAGCAUGGCUUCCACAUUCACGACACCGUCUCGGGCUCGAUGCACGACCAUGUACUGAACUACAAGCUCGACAUGGACAUUCACGGGACGCAAAACAGUCUGAUGAAGCUCGAGGUCAUUCCCACCUCGGAAGUCUACCCCUGGUCGGACGGUCAGGCGCGGAAUACGAUGAAGUUGAACAAGACAUUCAUCGAGAGCGAGGACGACUCUAAGAUCAUGUGGUCUCCUAAUACUGCUAGCUCCUACGCGGUGGUUAAUAAGGACACGCCCAACAAGUAUGGCGAGUAUCCGGGAUAUCGCAUUUCUCCCGGAACUGCAAGCACAGCUCAUCUGACGGUCGUGAAUUCCACCAAUCUGAAAAACAGCGUGAAUUGGGCUUCGCACCACUUGUACGCUGUACAGCAGAAGGACACGGAACCGCGAAGUGUGUAUGCCUUCAGCUCCUUGGACCCAGCCCGCCCAGUGGUCGACUUUGGCAAAUUCUUUGACGGCGAGUCUCUUGUGCAGGAGGAUCUCGUGAUGUGA